ACUGUACAAUGAUAGACUCAGUGCUGCCCCCCACAGUUCACUUCUUUCUCCUUUGGAUUUAGGCAGAGAAGACGCUUCAAAGGCAAAUUGCUGCCCUCUGCUAUUUGAACCUUCAGCGGAAGUGACGCUCACCUCGCCUCACUGUGGCGGACUUGACAUGUCGUUUGUUGUUCUCAUCAAAAUGGCCGCUGUGUGGGAGGAUGGAGACUGAGCCGUCACUGAGCCGCUGAUCCACAAGCACCACAACCCGAACUGUAGCUCCAACCAAACCGAGCCCGAACCAGAACCCGAUUCUCGCGUGCAGUCAGUGUUGUGGUCUGUCAGCAGGGGGCGCAGUGACAGACAGAAACAUGGACACCACAACGUCCAUAAAGAUGACCACGCUGGCGAUCCAGAACCUGUUCAGCUACGUGGAGGAGGAGAACCUGAGCGCUGUGAGAGCUCACCUGGACCGCUUCAACGAGGUGGACGGACGCAGCGACAACGGUCAGACUCCUCUGAUGCUGGCAGCUGAGCAGGGCAGUGUGGACAUCGUCCAGGAGCUGAUCAGGAGAGGAGCAAAUGUGAACCUGGACGACGUGGACUGCUGGUCGGCUCUGAUUUCUGCUGCAAAAGAAGGUCACAUGGACGUGGUGAAGGAGCUGCUGGAGAACAGUGCUUACAUCGAACACAGAGACAUGGGAGGAUGGACAGCUCUGAUGUGGGCAGCAUAUAAAGGUCGUUUAGAGGUCGCCAAGCUGCUGCUGGAGCACGGAGCGAACCCUAACACUACAGGACAGCAGUACAGUGUGUAUCCCAUCAUCUGGUCCUCAGGUCGAGGACACGCAGACAUCGUCAAACUGCUGCUUCAGAACGGAGCCAAGGUCAACUGUUCUGACAAGUAUGGGACCACUCCUCUGAUCUGGGCGUCCAGAAAAGGACACUUUGACUGUGUGAUGCAUCUGCUGGAGAGCGGCGCCGACGUGGACCAGGAGGGGGCGAACUCGAUGACGGCUCUGAUCGUGGCGGUGAAGGGAGGCUACACUGAAGUGGUGAAGGAGCUGCUGAAGAGAAACCCCAACGUCAACAUGACGGACAAAGACGGGAACACGGCGCUGAUGAUCGCCGCCAAGGAAGGAUUCACCGAGAUCGUCCAGGACCUGCUGGACGCCGGCACAUACGUCAACAUCCCAGACCGGAGUGGGGACACGGUGCUGAUUGGAGCGGUACGCGGGGGUCACGUGGACAUCGUCAGGGCUCUGUUACAUAAAUACGCUGACAUUGACAUCAGAGGUCAGGAGAGUAAAACUGCUCUGUACUGGGCUGUGGAGAAAGGAAAUGCCACCAUGGUCAGAGACAUCCUGCAGUGUAACCCUGAUACUGAGACCUGCACCAAGGACGCUGAGUCUCCUCUGAUCAAAGCUACAAAGAUGAGGAACAUUGAGAUCGUGGAGCUUCUUCUCGAUAAAGGAGCCAAAGUGUCAGCCGUGGACAAGAAAGGAGACACGCCCCUCCACAUUGCCAUCCGUGGGCGGAGCCGCCGCCUGGCCGAGCUCCUCCUCAGAAACCCCAAAGAUGGCCGCCUGCUGUACCGACCCAACAAGGCGGGAGAGACGCCGUACAACAUCGACUGCAGCCACCAGAAGAGCAUCCUGACCCAGAUCUUUGGAGCGCGUCACCUGUCGCCCACGGAGACGGACGGAGACAUGCUUGGAUACGACCUCUACAGCUCGGCUCUCGCCGACAUCCUGAGCGAGCCCACGAUGCAACCGCCGAUCUGUGUGGGUCUGUACGCACAGUGGGGGAGUGGAAAGUCCUUCCUGCUCAAGAAGCUCGAGGAUGAGAUGAAGACGUUCGCAGGUCAGCAGAUCCAGCCUUUGUUCCAGUUUUCGUGGCUGGUGGUUUUUCUAUCUCUGCUGCUCUGUGGUUCUGGUUCUGUGGUCCUGGGUUUCACCGUGGACCACAGACUGGCUCUGGCCGUGUCCCUCAGCGUCCUCGCUCUGCUCUACAUCUUCUUCGUGGUGGUGUACUUCGGCGGCCGUCGCGAGGGCGAGAGCUGGAACUGGGCGUGGCUUCUCAGCACUCGCCUGGCUCGUCACGUCGGUUACCUGGAGCUGCUGCUCAGGCUCAUGUUUGUCAACCCGCCCGAACUGCCGGAGCAGAGCACCAGAGCACUGCCCGUCAGGUUUCUGUUCACAGACUACAACCGUCUGUCCAGUGUUGGAGGUGAGACCUCAAUGGCUGAGAUGAUCGCAACGCUGUCCGACGCAUGUGAGAGAGAGUUUGGUUUCCUAGCGACACGUCUGUUCAGAGUGUUCAAGACGGAGGAAACACAAGGUAACAGGAAGUGGAAGAAGACGUGUUGCGUGCCGUCCUUCGUGGUCUGCGCCGUGGUCUUAGCGUGCCUGGGCACCGGCGUGGUGCUGCUGUCCGUCUUCCAGGUGGACGCAGAGAAGCGGACGCUGAACGCGGCGCUGAUCUCCGUGGGCAGCGUGGUGGCGCUGGCGCUGCUGCUGAACUGCAGGACGUGGUGGCGGGUCACCGACUCUGUGCUCAACUCUCAGAGGAAGAGGCUCCACGGCGCCGCCAACAGGAUGCACAAACUGAAGAGCGAGGGCUUCAUGAAGGUCCUGAAGAACGAAGUGGAGCUGAUGGCCAAGAUGGCGAAGACCAUCGACAGUUUCACGCAGCAUCAGACGAGGCUGGUGGUCGUCAUCGACGGACUGGACUCGUGUGAACAGGACAGAGUUCUGCAGAUGCUGGACACGGUGCGUGUGUUAUUCUCCAAAGGUGCGUUCAUCUCCAUCUUUGCCAGUGACCCUCACAUCAUCAUCAAAGCCAUAAACCAGAACCUGAACAGCGUCCUCAGAGACUCCAACAUCAACGGUCACGACUACAUGAGGAACAUCGUGCACCUGCCAGUCUUCCUCAACAGCAGGGGGCUCUCCAGCGCCAGGAAGAUGUGUGCGGCUGCUCCCGCUAAUGGAGACGCAAACGCCGCUGACGGUUGGCAUGAGGAGUUGGACAGGAAACUGUCUCAGCACAGUUUGGGAGAAUUGACAAAGUUUGGCAGCAAAACGACCCUGACACGCAGAGACACGUACCGGCGGCGUCAGGUUCAGCGCUCUGUGACUCGUCAGAUGUCGUUUGACCUGACGAAGCUGAUGGUGACGGAGGAUUGGUUCAAUGACAUCAGCCCACAGAGCAUGAGGAGACUACUCAACAUUGUCUCUGUCACAGGUCGCCUCCUCAGAGCUCAUCAGAUCACCUUUAACUGGGACCGUCUGGCGUCGUGGAUCAACCUGACUGAGCAGUGGCCGUACAGGACGUCCUGGCUCAUCCUGUACCUGGAGGAGACGGACGGCGUCCCCGACCCGUCCACGCUGAAGACCAUCUACGAGAGAAUGUGCAGGAACAUUCCCACCACCAAAGACGUGGAGCCGCUGCUGGAGAUCGACGCUGACGCGCGGAGCUUCGAGGUGUUCCUGUCGUCGCGGACGCCCGUCCUCACAGCCAGAGACAUCCGCACCUUCCUGCCCUGCACCGUCAAUCUGGACCCCAAACUGAGAGAGAUCAUUGCAGAUGUCCGAGCGGCGCGGGAGCAGAUAAAUAUGGGCACGGUCACAUACCCACCCCUCCCCCUGCAGGAGGUUCAGCCCCGCCCCACCUCAGUCUACAGCCAGAUGUCGUCAGUGUGCUCUCCCUCCGCCUCUUUCAGCGGACCAGCAGGGGGCGUCCUCUCCCCGCAGCCUCACAGCAGCUACUACAGCGGCAUGGUCGGACCACAGCACCCCUUCUACAACAGGCCAUAUUUCCCCCAUCACCUUUACCAGCUGCCACGCCCACUAGUGUCUGCCUCCCACUCAUUACACCUUCAUCCACGACUGCUUCCUAAAACAUCGUCCAUCAGAGACACAACUGCACCUUGUAAAGUUUCCUCUUUGAAAAAGAAGAAGAAUUCGGCGUCCGUUGUGUCUGGAGCUCCACCCCUCCUCCUCAGCUCCAUGACAACAGAGGCUGUGUGUGAGCGCGUGCUGCAGAUGGAAGGCAUGGACCAGACAAUGAUGUGUCAGUACAGCGCCACCAUCAGGAAGGCAAACGUCAACGGCCGAGUUCUGUCGCAGUGUAACAUCGACGAGCUGAAGAAGGAGAUGAACAUGAACUUUGGAGACUGGCAGCUCUUCAGGGCAAUGGUUCUGGACAUGCGGAUCAUCGAGAGCCAGGUGCUACGUGAGGACGUGGCCAGCGAACAAGGUAGCGUUGUCGGUGGUAAUGCUGAUGGGGGAAGGCGGGCCUUGGCUCCGCCUCACGCCGGCCCCGCCCACACAGACGCUUCGCCGAUGUAUAGCUUCAAUCUGAGCUUUGAGGAACUGAGCACGGUGGGACUGGAUGACGCGUCGAGACACGGAAACACACCGUGGAUGGGCGGAGCUCAUCGGACCGCUAGCAUGACCAGCCUCAACUCCCAGGAGUCGUCCAACGAUAUCUCCAGGCUAACAGACAAGCAGCAGUCCGAGUACCGCAGCGCCUACCAGGAGUACAUCGCUCAGAUGGCGCAGCUGGAAAUGGGUGGUGGAGGCGAGAAGCCCGUCCAACCACAGCCGGGACAGUUCAUGACAUCAUCGUCAGAGGAGAAGAGCAAGGACGGCGGCGAUCAGGAUGCACGUAAACCCUUUACCAAGAGGAGUGGCGGGAAACCAGCUGCAGACAACGGCGACUUAACCGCCAACGGCGACGCCCUGGACCCCAUCACGGAGGAAGACGAGAAGGGCGACCACGGAAUGUCCAAGUCUCUGCUGACCCGCAGAACCUCAGCAGAGAGAGGUGGACUGUUCCCAGGCGCCGCUGACCUGAAGAUGAAGGCAUGCAGCGGACUGCGGUACCAGAAGUUGACAAGUGAUGACGAAGAGUCUGAGGAGUCAGACAACGCUCCGCUGCUGAAGGACGGCAAGAAGACGAGUGAGUCCAAACCUGUUGGCUCGCUGGCACUGAAGGGGAAGGACUACUUGUCCGACGCCAUGCUGGACAAGAAGGACUCGUCUGAUUCCGGCGUACGAUCCAAUGAGAGCUCUCCCAACCACUCGCUGCAGGACGAGGAGGCGGAGCUGUCACAGAUGGACAGAGCCAACCUGAUAGAGCUGGAUGAUGAGAGUGUGGCGAGGAAGCGUAGUCUUCCUAGCAGCCUCAGCGGCCUCCAGGAUCCGGCAGUCACCCGGAUGUCCAUCUGCUCUGAGGACCAGUGUAGUCUGCUCACCAGCAGCCCUGAGGAGAGCUGGCCCUCGUCCAAGACCUACAACCUGAACCGUACACCAAGUAACGUGACGCUCAACAACAACACCAACACCCAGCACGCCAACCGCCCCCGCCAGCCUCCAGAGGGCUCCACCUCCACCAACCCCUCCUCCUCCUCCUGUUCCACCGCCGAUGUCAUCGUCUCCCCAAGCUCCGGCACCUCCGGGACCUCCACCAGGCCGGGACCCAACAACGAGAAUGUUCGAGUGGUUCACCUGAAGCGGGGCCUGAAACCCGGCGACCCCCCAGAGAUCUGCACCAUUUCGUCCGACACUGUCACCUUCGGUGAGGAACGCGAGAGCAUCCUGUGACCUCACCGCUGAAGACAACAGGAGCACUGAGGGACCGCCCCCCUCUGCCCUCUGAGCCAGUCAGAAGCCUCGGAUCAGUCCGGGGUGAGGUGACGAGGUGAAGAGCGGCCGCGGGGGUCCACGGUAGAUGUUUCGUAGAUUGUUAGCGAUGCAUGUUGAUGUUGUUCUGUGACGUUUUGAUUUGAAGGAAAAAAAGAAUUCCGGAGAAUCCAAACGUUGUAGUUGAAAAAAUAUUGUUGACGAAUGUUUCGUGUUGAAAACUUUAGAUUCUAUGUUUGUGAACAGUGAAGUUAAACCCCGCCCCCUGCUCGCUGGCUGCAGUACACAUCAUAAACCCCGUAUUCUUCAACUGACGCUCUCAAAGUGGGUUGAGUCAUGUUGUAAAUUAGCAUGUCAGCUCGUUAUGGGAUUUAUUGAUGUGAUCAAUAUCAAAUGGAUUAAGAAUUUAAAAAAGUAGAUGUUUUUGUUCUGAAUAAGCUCAGCGGCGCCCCCUGGAUGAACCGCAGCUGAUUUCACCACAGUCAUGUGAACAGGAAGCGAAAUCAUCGCUAACAGUUAUCGGUCAUCUGUUUACGUGUCAGUGAUCUUUUAUUUGUAGAAGUUAUGUCUUUGAAAGUGAUUGAUUAGUUAUUAAUAGUAUAGUUUGUCAGUGAUU